AUGCGAAGUCAAAAACAUUAUGGUCGACCGGUUUUUGAAUUUUCUCUAGAAACAACAAUGACAUCAAAUCAAUUACAACAACGUUAUACUUUACAAACACAACCUGAAGCAUAUGAAACAAGUGAACUAAAAUUUUGGCCUAUUCAUCAAAUUUCUGAUCUUUUAAGUCCCUCGAAUACAUCAGUACCAAUUAAUCCAUCAUACCAUGCUGCUUUAACUGCAUAUGUGAGUUUAUUUUGUUAG